AUGGCAGCACAACUCACCCCACGCAAGGGCAUAAAGUGCAGCUACGAUGACUGCUUUCACUCUUUCGACACGGACGCCGAGAUGGUAGCUCACCUGAAGAACCCGGAGAACCAUCCCUUCUACUGCGGCAAGAACCCCGGCUUUGAGAGAAUCCAACGUGGCUUCAAGAAAUGCGACUUCCAUGGCAAAACUUGGGAUGAACUGGUUGCACAUAAGGUCGAGAGCAUGCUGCCAUGGCUCGUUGGAGAUCGCAGAAACGAGAAACCAAAGAAGCUCAACCACAUUGUCUGCGAAUUCUGUGGCGUGGACUUUGAAAGCUUGAGUGGCAGAGAUAUGCACCGCAAAAAGAUGCAUCAGGCAGAACACCACAUCGCCUGCAAAGGCAGUCUCCUCGUUCGCGACUUUGAAGGAAACACCGUCCAUGAGGAGUGCGGCUCUCUCUUCGGACGUGCUAGUCAGCUCAUCAGUCACAUUGAGGGAGGUUUUUGUGUGUACAUCAAGCCCAUGACCCUCAGACAGGAGCGCGAGCACAAGCACAUGGUCAAGUUGAUCUUGGAUGAUCCCGAAGGCUUCAAGGAGAACAUGAUCACUAUGCCCUACACGCCCUUAGAGCCUCCAGCCACAGACAGCGAUGAAAUGAGCGGCGGUGUCACUGUCGACUUGCUCAGCCAAAGCGAUAUCACUCAGUACAACGGUCAGUCACCCCUCAACCCAGAAACCACUUCGAGCGUCCAGGACUCAUCUGGAGUCGAAUGGCCAAGCCUGCCGGGCCCCGACUAUGGUCAGCUGAAGCAGUCAAUGAAACGCUUUUCUAUCAGCCCAGUGGGCAGCGCAGCACCCCCUUUCGGCCACGAGGAGAGCGAUAACGACGAUACCAUCAGCCUCUCCAGCAAUGCUGCCACCAUGAACAGCGACGACGAAGACGGCCCCGUAACUCCAACCAAGCCAUGGUCCACCAAGGAGGAAGUCCACAAGCUGUUCGAACAUAACAAACCAAAGGUUAAGGCCAUCACCAAUUGGACCGGUGUCAACGCUGCCCACCAGCGUAGCAAGGAAGAAGACCAGGGUAGCAACAUCUUUGACACUCAUUUUUGGGAUCCCCACCACACCGACUUCAAACCUGAGUUCUUCUAUCGCCCAGUCGAAGACGAAGAACAGCACGUCCACCCCUACCAAUGCCCGUUCGAGAGCUGCAAGAGACGUUUCGACACACCUCAAAAGAUUGGAGAUCACAUGCGCGAAUCCCACGCCGCGCAGCGCAACCUCUGCCCAGUGUGCUGCAAGGACUUCUUCAGACUCAGUCUUCUUGUUGCUCACUUCGAGGCAAGUUCUGCUGGAGCAAAGUGUGAUGUCGCUCGCCGCCCAGGCUACAGUGUGAUGCUCUUUGAGAUCACCGGAGGACUCAUCAAGGCCGAAAAGGCGUUGGAAGAGCCCAUCUGGGACCACAAGCUCGCAUCUGGAGAGCCCAUUCGUCCUGCACAGGAGGCCGAGGUUCAAGACAAGCAGUGGGUCGGCUCAGGAGUUGGCGUCAAGGACUACAACUACAGAAUCUACCCACCAGCUGCUCCUGUCUGGAAAUACUAGAGAGUCAUCUAAUGGCUUCGACAUGCACAUCAGGAAGAGAGCUGACUUCACAAGCUCAAAGACAGUAAGGCCAAAUGGCGGCCUAUAGUGUACCAUUAGAGAAACAUCCAGGGCUGACUGCACAAGCACAGCAAAUCAGAGAAGUCCGUAGCCUCCCAAAUUGAACUAUACCUAGUGUUACUUG